AGAUUUAAAUUCAUUUGGGCAGGCAGGUGCCUGUUUGCAGAUCCAAAAUGCCUUCUGGACUGAACAUGGGCUGCCUGGAUAGUUCAUGCGUUUGCGGUGCAGAAUGGCUGACCUCAGUCUUGUAGAUGCACUCACGGAACCAACUCCAGAAAUUGAGGGAGAGAUAAAGCGGGACUUUAUCGCCACCCUGGAGGCAGAGGCCUUUGAUGAUGUUGUGGGAGAAACUGUUGGAAAAACAGACUAUAUUCCUCUCCUGGAUGUUGAUGAAAACAUUGGGAACUCAGAUUUGAAGAAGAAACCAUGCUCAGAUACUAGCCCAGUUGAAGGUACUCCAUCUUCUAAGCCAGCAGUAUUAGCCAAUGGUGAUCAUGAAAUAGAAGGGAAUGACACUACAGUGUUCCCUACGGAAUUCCUUGGAGAGAAAAUUGCCUAUCAGGACCAUAUAAACAGCCAAAACUGGCCAGAAGACACCGACUUCUGCUACCAACCGGAGCAAGUGAUGAAUCCUACCCAGACUGAUACCUUUAAUGUGCACCAAGACGAUGACCUGGCCGAGUUUCUCUUUCUUCCCAGUGACCCAGCCAAUGCUGCAAUAUUGCCAGAGCAAAAGGAUCCUUCAAGAGACAUUUAUGGUAUGCCACACUAUGACACUUGUGCUUCAGAAGCUGGUGAUGUGCCUCCGGGGUGGUCUGUGGAAGUCCCUGACUCUCUACACCCAGCAGCCUUCUUAGCCCCUGAGUCUUUUAAACAACCUCUGCAGCCCGCUGAAGAGUCAGCCAAGGAAGUAGAAAUGGCAUCAGAAAGAGAGAAGACGCCCACAGAAUUAUUGGACAUAAUACUGCCUGGUGAAACAGAGAAGGCCCUAGCCCAGGACACGGGGCCCCCUACAGAACCAGAGAUGGCGCUGGCUAGAGACCUGGAACCGGUCACCAAAUCAGAUGUGGCACUGCCCCAGGACAUGGUACUAUUCACAGAAACCGAGGCAGUCCCAGCCAACGAUGUUGUGUGGCCCACAGAAACAAAUUUGUCUUUGGACAAGGAUAUGGUACUAGUCACAGAAACACAAGUACCCCUGGCCAAGGAUUUGACAGUGUUUAAGGAAGAAGAGAUGGCUUCACCUAUUAAAAUGGAUUUGACCCCAGCAGAGGACAUGGUAUCAGUCUCAGAAACAGAGAUGGCACUGGCUAAGGAUCAUACAAUAUCCACAGAAAUAUUCCCAGCCAUGGAAGCAUCCCUGUCCCCGGGAACAGAAGUGGCUCUUACUGGGGAUGUGACGCUGCCCCAAGAAACCAAGGAUGUGACAGAAACAGAGGUGGCCACCUUGAUUAAGGAUAUGACCCCACCUCCACAAGUAGAGGCAUCCCCCAUCAAGGUUGUAGCUCCAUCUCCAGAAACAGAGGUGACCCUGGCCAAGGGUAUGCCUCUGUCUCCAGAAACAGAGAUGACUCCGGCCAAGGGUAUGGUUAUACCUUCAGAAACAGAGGUGACCCCAGCCAAAAGUAUGACACUACCUACAGAAACAGAGGUAACCCCGGUCAAAGAUGUGGCUCCAUCCCCAGAAACAGAGGUGGCCCCAGUCAAAGAUGUGGCUCCAUUCCUAGAAGAAGUAUCCUUGGUCAAAGACCCACCUUUGCCUCCAAAAACAGCGGUAACCCUACCUACGGAUGUGGCUCUCUCCUCUGGAACAGAUGUGACUCAGGCCAACGACCUGACUCCAACCACGCACGUCACACCACCUUCAAAAGCAGAGGUGGCACCAGUGCCGAUUCAGGACAUGGAAACUGCAUGGACACAGGGAGGAAUAACUGAAAAUUCCCAGUUUGAAUCUCUCCAGGAUGAGAAGCAGCCAGCUGCACCUACUUGCCUGACUUCACCAGAACCAGCCGCAGCCAUGGGCCAGAAGUACAACUUACCUACAGAAGAGGAUCCUGUGGUAGAGACACUGGAGCAGAAGAAACAGUGCGGUGGUCAAUCGAAGGAGCUUGCUUCCGAGACCUCAGGUACCCCAACACAAGCCAAACAAGUUUGCAGACCCAAUGACCACAGGUGGGUCCGGCCCAAGCCUGCCAGGGUCCCUCCUGAGAUGCUGGGAGGCUGCCUUCCACAGAAGACUCUUGACCCCAGGCUGGGCCCCUGCCCUGUCUCUGAGUUGGAUUUGGUCUCUGGUUCGUCUUCCUGUGGCGAGCUGGGCAAUCAGAGGAAAACCAUUGAUGUUGGCAGGGAAGCCUGGGAUACAGAAAGCACGCCAAUGAUGAUGAAGAAGAAAAAGAAAAAAACAAAGCAAAAGAGAUAUCCUCAGCCCCGGGCAGGCGGGCUGUGGGGUGAGGACAGCAGAGAUGUGCCUGAAAGCCGUUCCUUUGCAGCAGCUUCACGAAAGUUGGGUGUUCUCCCCACCCAGGGUACAACGAUGGACACUGAAUAUGGACCUGUAUCUACAGAGAACUCGACAAGGGAGUGUGUAGUUGACUCCGGAGCGGCCACACCGGGAGCUGAGAACUCUAUAGUCUCCGAGCGUCUCAGAAUUCCUAUGUCUUCUAAAGAACAACACCCAAAAGCUGAAGUAAUUUCUCGGCCCAGAUUGAGAGUAGAGCCAGAGGUCAAAGGUGACAAGUCAGUACCACUGGGUCAAAACGAAAAAUCACUGCAGCAAGAUGAGUGCAAACCCCAGCCUGUGCCCCAGCGAGGGGCUCCUGUGCAUGAAAACCAGAGAAUAGGCUCGCCCGCUCUGAAAGAACCCCUUUCAGAAAUCUCUGCACACCACAGAGAAACUCCUCUGGAGAGCAGACCCAGGGACGAUUGCUCUCCUGUUACAAACCAAGAGGUUAGAGCUAGUAUUUCAAGGCCCCAAGCAGCAAAAGAACUUCCUGAUUUGACACCUACUUUGACAGCAAGUAAUCCAUUAGAAAAUAUUCUAAAAGAAGGGGAUGAUAAAAAUCAAAUGACUAAACUACAGACUAUCAAGCAGAAAGAGAGUUCUAAAGGCACCGAAGCGGGUAAAGAACUACAAAGGGAAGCUUUCCCCAAGGCAGAGAAAGAAAGCAGCGUCUUUGCUUCUGAGCAGCUGCAGGACAAGGUGUUAGAUCAGGCCCCUGAGCUAGCAGAUGAACCUUUUAAGAGAAUGGCAGGUGAUGGCAAAAACAGGAAGGGAAGGGGGAGUUCUGGGAAGAUGAGAGCAAAUUCUGGGAAAGUGAGAGCAAGAUAUGAACUCUUUCCUCUGGUCAGCCCAGCUGAUGUUGUACCAGGUGAACCUGCCCUCAGAAGAGGAGUGACUACUGAGGAGCAGAAUGCGGAGCUGGGGCUGGAUUCUUCCAAGCAACCGGGGCCCGCAGCUGAUCUCACUGGGGCGGUGGUGACGAGGGAACCUAAGGACAAGACUGACCCUGCAGUGCCACUGAUCCCUUUGGGGAAUCAAUCCGACAUGACUCAAACUUCUGGUGGUAAGGCAGAAAGAGGAGCUGAGCACCUAGAUAUGGGUGUCAGUCACCAGAGCAAGGAAGGAAAGUGUCCAUGGAUGGAUGCUGAAGCAUCUCCCAGGAUUUCUGAAAAACCUGAAAGAAGAGUCAAUGAAAGCAAAACCAAAAAGUUUAAAAAUAGUUACUCCACACAGCCUGCUGGAACAGAGAGCAAGGCCGAAAUCAUCACAUCACCUUUUGCAGGAAAUUAUGGAGGUGCUACUAGCAGCCCCCAGAGAAACAAGGAGUUAGGACUUGAUUUCCCCCAAAUGCAGGUUCCUUCGUUCUCAGGUAAUUCAGAUACACCCACAGUGGCAUUAGUUGACGGAAAGGCUAAUUCAUUUGAGCUUGAGGCUUUAUCGGAGAACAAAACAAGCACAGCCAAGCCUUGUGCUGUUCCUGGACCAGCAGCUAUAGUGAUAGAUGUGAGCUCGCAAGACCAAAUCCACGGGGUAGGAUUUGUUCCUGUAAUACCGACUGAGGAGAGGAAGACAGAUGCAGCCAAGGGACACACGGCAGUGGCUGACAAACUGAAUAAAAGGAGCAGCGAUGGAAAAAGUAAAAAGGUUAAAAAUAAUUUUCCUGAGAAGCACAUUCAAGAGAAUAAGCUAGAUGCAACAAAAAUACAUGUUCCCAUGGAAACCACAGAGGACCACAGGAUUGAAGGACUGGGCUAUGUGGACGAAAAUAGAAAUAUUACAUUCACCUGCCCCAGAACACCACCAAGGUUGGCAAGUAAGUCAACCCCUGUAGAGGCUGUGGAAUCGUCAGCCUAUAAAAAGCUGCCCGCGCCUGCUGCUCAAGUAGGGAAGGAAAGGGAAUCCUUCCCAAAUACCUGCACUGAAAGUGGACACGAAGCAGUCCCAGUCCAGAUUUCCAGAGUACUGGAAAUCUGCAGCAAAGACGGCCAAGAAAGACCUCAGGCCCCCUCUGCUUCCACAGACACUGGAGUUGCCCUAGUUUUCCCAGCAGAUCACCUUUGUAAAAAUAAAGGUGGGCGUGCUGAGCCCAGGAAGAGCGAAGCAGGGAGAGAUGGAGGGCAGGUGGUAAGAGAGUCUGACUCAGUGCAAAGUGGUGCCUCUGAUCACUCAUUCAAGAAAGCCACAGAGCCAGCAGAGGGGCACCUUCUCCCUAGAGCACCAGAAGAGGGCCCCAGCCCGCCAGGAGAUACCAGAGGCCUUGAACCAGCUGCAGGUAGGAGUGAUUUCCCAGCACAUCCAGGGAAAACAGAAAAAAACAAACCCGAGUCCCAGUCUACUCCAGUGCAAACUCUUGAUUUACCGAGAGACAACAUACGUAAUCUCUGUUGCCCUGAGGAUCAAAAUGCUGACUGUAGGGAUUUCAAGGACACAGUUAGUUUGAAAAAGGGGGUGCAUAUAAGUCUUUCAGCCCCAGAAGGUGAAAAGGAUACAUCGAAAGAAACUAGUCUGGCUUGUAAAAUUACAGAAUUGGAAAGUGUUUCCUUGGCAACACCAGGCCUCCACUCGGAUUUCUUCAGGGGCAAAGUUGCACCUACCCCUUCCGGAGUGGUAGAUGAGUUAGUUGUGACUGCUCCCACGAGUCCUCAAUUCCCAGAACCCAAAGAUGAGAUUUUGGGGUCACCUCUGGAAAAAACAUCAAUAUCUGAACCUAUGGCAUUGGGAGAAGGGAAGAAGGAAGUGAAAAGCAGGCUGGCUGAACCAAUGAAAGGCUACAUGAGACCUACCAAGUCCCGGGGACUUAGUCCCCUUCCGCCCAAGUCUGCAAUCCAGGACCUAGAGCGAUCCAAGCCGCAGAAGUCAACUGGCCAGUCUCAAAUUAGUGAAACGUCAGCAGGAGGUUUCAUCACAUGGAGCGCGAGGGAGAGCAGCGAGGGAAAGAGUCGGGUGAUGUCGCUCUCCGACAAGCAGCCAGCCUCUCUCACCACCACAUACAGCCAGCUGUGUAAAGGCAAGCCUGCCGAGUGCCAAAUGGACUCCCCAAAAGAAUUCAGUCCAGCCGGAUUUGAGUGGCAGAGGACAGAGGGCAAGCUGAAUGAGAUCGGACUGAGUGUCAGCGUGGACAGGCAGCUGGGAGAUGGGCUCGUGAGAAACGCCGGCUUCCUGGAGCCGAAGAGGCGAUGCUGCUCUGAGGGGAAGCCAGACAAAGGACUGGGCACCGAAGUGCAGGACAAGGAGUACCACCCCACCCCCGGUCACCUUGAGAGCGGCUGUGUGAUUUCAGACAAAUGCUCGCCCUCGGAGGGGACUCCAGCGCGUUCGGAGACAGCUGAGUCCCAUCUGGGACCCACACAGGGGUCAGACACAAACAAAGCCACAGUUCAAGGGAAGAUAACUGGGGGAAACAGGAUAGACACCAAAAGCCGGCCAGACCCGGAUUUCCCAGGGGCUUCUGAUGGCCCCUUCGACUCUGUGAAGGAGCAAGAAACCAGUGUUUGGAACCCCAAUUUCCAUUCAGUGGCUCCAGGUCCUCAGGGGGAAACAGCUCCAGGGAAGAAGAAGGAUGGCAUUAGCCCUGGCUGCCCGGCGAUUGGAGUCAUGAAAGAGCACUUUGGGCUGGCUGACUGUGAGUCCCCACUGACAGAGGCUGGGCCCCACGUAGCCCCCACUAUCGAGCAUUCCCCUCCUGGCAUCCCCCCCAUCACUAUGGUGGAGUUCGCACAGGAGCGUUUGAAUGCAAGUUCUCAUUCCAGAGACCAUGAUAAGGAAAUGGAGAAAGUGAGUUCUACAGAGGAGGGGGCUUUGCUCGGCCAAGCCCCCCAGCAGAAGAAGGCAAUACGCAGGGCCCUGUCUGAAUGUUCUCACCUCUCAGUUCCCCCAGCUGUUAACCUUGCAGAUAAGUACCCUGAACUCCCUGCCAGAGAAGAGCUAUCUUCCGGCCUGCUGCCCCCCACCAGUAGCCCAAUACCUAAUGCUACACCCAGGAAAUCGGGGGCUUCUGCAAUGAGGCGCUCCAUGACAGUGGCUGAGGAGCAGACACCCAACUGCACACUGGACCCCGGGGAGCUGCCCGUCCUCUCUGUUAAAGAGAUACCCCCUUUCAUCUGUGAAGAACCAGUGGCCGAGAAGAGAGAAGAACUGACCAACUUGAGCAGCAGCAGCAGCUCUGGGGAGAAAGCAGCAGGCCCUGCCGGGCUACACCUCCACAGUAAGUUGGAACAGAUUCCUGAAGGAAGCAGCAAGGGGCAGACCCGAGAUGAUGUUAGUGCAGCAAGAACUGAUGAUCCGCGCUCGCAGGCCUGCCAGGGAGAUGAGAAACAGCCAGCAGCAACCGCUCUAGCAGGGAAGAAAGAGAUCGAGGGCAGUGCGACCCAGAGCACUCCGUCGCUCUUGUGUGAAGAGGCCCCACGUGAUGUAGCCAAGCCAGAAGAAGGACGGCCGACCGUGAGUGUGACUGGAAAUGACAUCACCACCCCUCCAAAUAAGGAGCUCCCACCAAGCCCAGAGAAGAAAACAAAGCCUUUGGCCACCACUCAACCUGCAAAGACUUCAACUUCGAAAGCCAAACCACAGUCCACUUCUAGCCCUAAGCAGCCAGCUCCCACCACCCUUGGUGGGCCGAAUAAAAAACCCAUGAGCCUUGCUUCAGGUUCAGUAGCCGCUGCCCCGCCCAAACGCCCUGCUGCUGCCACUGCCAGGCCUUCCACCUUACCUUCAAGAGACGGGAAGUCAAAGCCUGUUACAGAGGCAAAGGUUCCUGAGAAGCGACCCUCACUACCCAAGUCAACCGCGGUCCCAGCCACCAAAGCUGGCUCUAAGAGCACCCAGGCUGUGCCGAGAGCCCCAGCAGCUGCCUCUCCCGCUGCAGCUGUGCCAGGCAGUAGGAGCUCCCCGAUGCCUCUGACCAAGAGACCCACUGCCAGCAAGACUGAGGGAAAACUGGCCGAGGUCAAGAGGGUGGCGAUCAAGUCUGCACCAGCUGACGUGAGCCGCUCAAAAAGCACCUCAGCUGCUCCUGUAAAGAAAAACACGGCUUCAACUGGGGCGGCACCCUCGGCAGGUGUGGCUCCACACAGAGUCAAAUCCACACCGCUGCCUCCCCGGCCCUCUGUGACACCUACCAAGGACAAGAAGCCCGUGCCAGCCAAGUCCACUUCCUCUGCCGUCGGUCUGAACCGCCUGAGUACCAGCGCUUCCACCCCUGAUUUGAAGAAUGUCCGUUCCAAAGUUGGCUCCACAGAAAACAUCAAACAUCAGCCUGGAGGAGGCCGGGCCAAAGUAGAGAAAAAAACAGAGACAGCUGCCACAGUUCGAAAACCUGAAUCUAACGCAGUCACUAAAACAACUGGCUCUAUUGCAAGUGCGCCGAAAACACCUGCCGGGAAAGUCCAGAUAGUCUCCAAAAAACUGAGCUACAGCCACAUUCAGUCCAAGUGUGGCUCCAAGGACAAUAUGAAGCAUGUCCCUGGAGGUGGCAAUGUUCAGAUUCAGAACAAGAAAGUGGACAUCUCCAAAGUCUCCUCCAAAUGUGGAUCCAAGGCCAACAUCAAGCACAAGCCCGGUGAGUGGCACCCCCACCCCAUGCCGCUGCGCAGGCCUACAGGCUACCAUUCCACGGUUUUAGGGAGCCACCUCCCACCAUCCAGGUCACAGCAGUGGGGCCAGCACAGCUGUGCAGCCAUUGCCCAGGUCAUGCCACUUACUCCGCUGUCUGGGAAUCCACUGCUGAGCUGCCCCUCCCUAGUGCCAGGAGGCGACCCGAGUGGUGAGACUGAGGGCCCCCCUGCUGGGGAGGAGCCGGCCAGCCCUGAGGCAACGCACGAAGCUGGCACCCCUACUUUGGCCAGUGGCCUCAGUGGCUACCCCACCCUGUCAGGGGGUGGUGACCAAAGGGAGGCCCAGACCUUGGACAGCCAGAUCCAGGAGACAAGCAUCUAAUGAUGACAUUCUGGUCUCGUCUUCCGCCCUGUGUCCCCCUCUUGUCUCCCCUGUUGCCCCCUCCCUACCCUCCUUCCGUGUCACUGCAGAUUGAGACCUACAGGCUGACGUUCCGGGCCAACGCCAGGGCCCGCACCGACCACGGGGCUGACAUUGUUUCCCGGCCCCCCUACUUCCCUGGAGGCCCCACCUCGGGCACCCGGGCCCCUGGCUCUCUCCCCCAGGCUGCCCACUAGACAUGUGACUGCUGGGUGCUGGGCAGCCAUCCCACCGCCACGCCUCCUUCUGCUGCCACCUGCUUUGUCCCUGCCCCUACGCUACGCCACUGCUACCCAGGGCGGGUGGGGAGGGGUGGGUGGGAACCGGAUCCCAACCUGCGCUGAUUGGUGUUUGGGACUGAACCCCAGAGAAACUGAAAGUGCCCUCCCAGAGGAAGAGGCGGCGGAUCCGUAAGUGGUGGCCCGCCUGCCCGCCCCACCCUGGAGCCCGCUGAGCACGGCCCCCAACUCCAGCCCCAUACCCCAUGCCCACCCUGUCUUGCUGUCCUGCCCCACCAUAGUUUGGGAUCAGUGUCCUCUGACCCUGCUGCUUUCCAUACCUGUCCAGCUGCUAUCAAAAAUCUCCUUUACUUAUUUUAUCUUUUGUUGGUUUCUAAUAAUCUAAAACUGGUAUAGCUUUGCAGAUUGAGACCAUGUCUAAGUGAAAGUCUUCAGUAGGUGUUGAGGGAGCAAGGGAGGGAAGAUCUGGACGCCUUGGGGGCUGGAGCUGCCAGCCCUGCUGGGGCAGCCUGGGAGUAGGCUGGAGGCAGGAGUGCAAGGAAGGGGAGGGGGUGGAGGCCCAUGAGCAGGUGGGGCAGGCUGAGGGGCUGGUCAGCAUGGACUGGUUAUGUUGGUGUCAAUACAUAUGUGUAUGUGUGCGUGCGCGCGCGCACACGCUGCUGCUUUCUUCUAACCAAGAGGCUGAUUUGGGCAUCUCUGUCUGGUUCCCUGGGAUCUGGUGGGAGCUAGGCAGCCAGGGCUCGGGGAGCAGGGCAGGGCCCAGGACAGCAGGGUCCUUCCAGGCCUGCUCCUGUAGGUCUUGGGCACUCAGGCCCUCCCUUGUCCGGGGGGCGCAGGAGGGGCCCAGACGCAUAUGGAGAGUAGGGGAAUCAGGUCUGGAAAUGUACAAUAAAGGCAUGAGAUGGGCCAGCCUGCAGAAGGCUGUCUCAGCUGGACCUGGUCUCGGAGGAAGGCUGCAGUGAUGGGGAAUAGCCUGGGGAUUGUAUUGAGAUGAAGAUUCUUAUUGCACUUGUAUUUUUUUUGUAUUGAAGUUUGCAUGGUUUCUAAUAAAGAAUUAAAACCUAACCGUUUGUAGUGAAGUGGCCUGGGAGUGUCCCGGGCCCUCUUUGGGAAGAGCAUUUCCUGCAGUGCCGAUUGGCACCCUGGGAGCUCCGGAAGGCAGGGAGGGGGUUCUGCUUAGGUUCGGAUUGGAUCUCUGUGCAGGGAGGACGCCCCUGAGGCUGGCAAGGCCUUCCUUGGGAAGUUUUGACAGUAACUGGCCAGGCACUCACUGCCAAGUUGGAGGUGGCCAUGUCUUCUGGGAAAAUGCUCGCAGGAACCAGAAAAAGUUGACCUCCCUGAAAAGAAUUUGAAAAAAGGCUCAACUGUGCCAAGAACCUGGGGUGGGGUGGGGUUGCUGGGGCAACGACAGCAGCAGGAAGUGACUGGUGGGAGUGGUCAGGAGACAAGCAGGGGCAGCAGAGCAGGUAGUCUAAAGGUCCUAGGUCUGGAGGGUGCCAAUUUGACAAUUGGUUGGAAAUGACCUGGGCAUUGUGUUCUCAGGCUGUCUGCUCCUAGCCCCUUGACAGGCCCUGUGAGCCAGAGAACCAGGGAGAGCUGACCGGGCUGGGCAGCGUGCGCCACUCUCCACCCACUGGGGUGGGCUUGGUUCCCAACUUGCUUGUGGCUCAGCCUUUCCCCUCGUCCACCUCUGACCCAGUUGUAAACUAAAUAAAGAUUAAAUAAAGCUGCGUGAUGUCCA